AUGCAGGCCCUGGCGCGCCUGGAGGGGGAGUGGCUGGGUGCGGGCGGGUUCGGCUCGUGUUUUAAGGUUGUGGACCCCCUCAGAGGAAAACUCGUGGUAAAGACGAUCUAUGACAGCGCCUUGAGCGUCCUCCUCACCGAGGCGAUAAAUCUGCAGCAGCUGCAGGGCCCGGGCGUGCAGCGGCUGUUCGGGGCGUGUGUCGAGACCUGCCAGCUGGUCACCCACUACGCCGGGCACACCGCGGACCAAUACUUCCAGGUCUGCCAUCCGUUGGCGGACAUAGCGAGCGUGUUCCUGCAGGUGACUCUCGCCCUUCAGGAAAUUAUCCGAAAAGGGUUCACCCACAACGACAUCAAGGGCAGCAACGUCUGCGUGGCCACCCCAGGCACCGGCCCGGUGGCCACGGUCAUCGACCUGGGCCUGGCAAGGCGCCUGGGCACGCGGGGCCUCUACGGCGGCGGCCUCAGCGUCAUGCGGCUGCCCUGGGUGGCGCCGGAGAUCGUGCGGGACAAGCGGCCGACGAGCGAGGCGAGUGACGCGUUCAGCCUGGCGGCGAUGAUGCAGCGAGUGUUGGGGCUCGCCAGGGGCUGCCCCUACCCCCCCACGCAGGCCGCCCUCGCGCUCUGGCUCCACGACGCCCUCAGCCCAGAUCCCGAGGAGCGCCCCGCCCUGGAGGAACUGGUGGAGAUGCUGGAGGUGCUCCUUGAGGCAGUCAAGUCGGCUCAUCCUCCCCCAGCGAAAGGAACCUCGGGCCAGACGCGUAAGAGAAGAUGA